UGACCGGAUUUAAACACAACUCUUCACACCGUUUAUCAGGGAAAAGGAAGCGCUUGCUGUAAGGAAAACUGAUUGCAGCGGGAUUUGCGACAUUAGUUUGAGGCACCCUGAACUGAUCAGAUCAGUUGUUUUCACGUGAAGUCACUUCGCACUAAACCGACAAUAAGUUUGUUUAGCGCUCCAUGGGGUCCGAUGUUGAAGAAUGUAAAAACUGAGUUUCUCACUUGAAAUGAGUGACAUCCAUGUCAAUAGGUUGAAACGAGUUGGAGGCACGUCAACAGCUUCUAAACCAAUGAAGUCCCAGAGAAGCAGAGUCUGCUUGAUGCCGCCCACCCCGUGCCAGUGGGAAGGUUUGUUUACAGCACUAAAGGGAAACAGGUCACUACAACAAGCUGAGUUAUGGAUCAAGGAGGAUUUGAUAACACGCUAUGCAGAUCAUGUUCCAGCACAAUGGCAGGUCCUGCUAGAAUUUCUGUCUGAUCAGGUUGUCUCUGGAAGCUGUGAGAAACUUGUGUUUAGUACUGUGUUGAGUAACCUCCCCCCUGAUCUCCAGAGGAACAUCCUGGCUGUUAUCUACCAGCAUCGGGGGGACAUCAACAUGGACAUUCUCACGCAGUUUGUCCAGCAGGUCAAGACUACACACAACACCAUCACCUGGACAACCCUGUUGUGGCGGCUGCUGGCCGAGCAUGUUGGCCUUACACACAAAGUGAAUCCUACCAUGACACUUCCAGGACAAGAAGCUUCAACUGAAGACCCCAAUGCAACUAGUCCUGCAGAACGUGCUGACAAGAUGAAAGAACUACCUGACAGGAUGGUAGCCGAGACAGCAGGUGCUCCUGGUGCUCCAGCUGAUGAAGGGAGGCAGAAACAUGGCCUUGAAGGGAGAGAGGAGGAGAAACCCGAUGUCGGAGGAACAGACAUUGGUCCAGACUUCAUCAUCAUUCUGGAUGAAGAUGAAGAUGGUUGUGCACCACCAACAGUCAAGAAAAUAAAAAGUGAAGAUUCAGCUGAGGAGGAAAGGAAUCCCACAAUGAUUAGUGAUAGAGAGUCUUGUGCCUUGGACCAAGAACUUAUGGAUAAUGGUAUAAGACUGAGGGAGAUGCUUCUGGGGUCUGCGGAUGAUCGUGUCAGCAUUGAGGGGGAACUUCAAACCCUUCUCCGGACACCACCCAACCAGCUGGCAACGCUGUGUCAAGUCAGUGAGUUGACGAAUCUGCCAGAUCCAAUCCUGGCGGUUGUGGGGAGUGUGCUGGUCAAGAUGUCCGACAGCGUGACGUACAGAUCUUGUGUGGCGCUGCUGGCUGGACUAGUUACCAACAAGGUGAGGAGCUUGGCGCAAUCAGCUGCAAGGAUGCUGCAGGACACACUGAUCUCACUGGCCGAGACUUUUCCUCUUCAACUCCUUGAUGCAAUAGUAGCGCCAUCUGUAGUGCAGGAAUUAGGUGCCGCCCAGAGUGAGAUUCUGUGUCGUCUGUGUAAAGAUUCUCUGUUGCCGAGCCAUCAUGCCUACCUACUCAGGUAACAGGUGGAAAUCACUUGGUGCCAGGUCUGACAAGUAUGGAGGGUAGGGCAGCUCUGCAAACCCACAUUGUCGCACAGCAGCCUUUGCAAGUUGAGAGAUGUGAGAAGAGGCUUUGUCAUGAAUUAGUAGAACUCCAGCAGUCAGCAUUCCUCCACGCUUUUCUUUCAUAGAAUCUCUUAGGCGGUGAAGCAAAUGAGCGUAGUAGGCAUCAGUAUUCUUCUUUUGACUUCCUAAGUAAUUAACACAGAUCACACCCUUUGCAUCCUAAAAUACAGAUGCCAUAACUUUCCUCAGUGAUCUUGAAGUCUUGAAUAUUUUUGGUGCAAGAGAAAUGGAAUGGUGCCAGCCUUAAACAUAGCUGCAUAAAGUUAAAUAGUGUUUGGUACUCUCUCUUUUCUGCGUCCAUUUGGCCCCCUAUCACGUUCAACUGUCUGUCACUAAUAUACAAACGGCCUCCACAGACUAAAUACACUUGCAAUGAGCUACUCAAACAAUGUACAACAUUGACUAGUUCUCUUUCUUAUGACCCAUAGUUGAAAGUUAGUCAGGCUUAGAACAUUUUGACCAGCCCUCGUAUAUAGCAUGUUUGUUAUAUAGCACUUUUAUAAAUAACUGUUUGAAAUAAGGCAAUGUGUCAACAAACAAAUGUACAUGUGAUGCACAACAACAUAAAAUAAAUUACACUGAAUCUUGAUGCAGAAAUCCUCUCGUAACUGUCCCAGGUAAACAUGAAAUCAUCAUAAGCAGCUAAUUUGUAGGACGUGGGUUGCUUUUCAAGUGCUUAGUUAUCCCCGCCCUCCCAUGUAAUGUAAGCUUGUGUGUAGCAAGCCAGGUUGAAGUGCCCUAUGUUUUAGUGACCAUCCAGAAACUGGAUUUCUGGGUAGAUAAACAAUCAUAUACUGUAAAUCUUUCAUUUUGAAAGGCUCCUUUGAAAGCCAGUAUUUCUGGUUAACUCAUGUCUAGAUUAGUGGGGUCUCACUGUAUUUGACCAUAAAAGAGAUUGAAUGUUUAUAAAGUAGAUUGUGUUAAUCAGUUUGUGUAGUAAGAAAUGCAGGAUAUAAUGGUUGAAAAUAAAUGAAAAACUUUGAC